GGGUCCGGGCCCCCGGCUCCGCCCGGUCCCUCCCCGCCUUUUAGGCGCCCGCCCGGCUGGGACAUCCCAGUCCCGCUUGGUCCUCCUCGCCGGCCACCCGUGCGCCCAGUUCGUCCAGUCCGCACUGCCUGCCCGUCGGCCCGCCCCCCACCGCAGCCAUGGACGCGAUCAAGAAGAAGAUGCAGAUGCUAAAGCUGGACAAGGAGAAUGCCAUCGACCGCGCCGAGCAGGCCGAGGCCGACAAGAAGCAGGCUGAGGACCGCUGCAAGCAGCUGGAGGAGGAGCAGCAGGCCCUCCAGAAGAAGCUGAAGGGGACAGAGGAUGAGGUAGAAAAGUAUUCUGAGUCUGUGAAGGACGCCCAGGAGAAACUGGAGCAGGCUGAGAAGAAGGCCACCGACGCUGAGGCAGAUGUGGCCUCCCUGAACCGCCGCAUUCAGCUGGUAGAGGAGGAGCUGGACCGGGCACAGGAGCGCCUGGCUACAGCCCUACAAAAGCUGGAGGAGGCUGAGAAGGCAGCUGAUGAGAGUGAGAGAGGAAUGAAGGUCAUUGAAAACCGAGCCAUGAAGGAUGAGGAAAAGAUGGAGCUGCAGGAGAUGCAGCUGAAGGAGGCCAAGCACAUCGCCGAGGAUUCAGACCGCAAAUAUGAGGAGGUGGCCAGGAAGCUGGUGAUCCUGGAAGGAGAGCUGGAGCGCUCAGAAGAAAGAGCCGAGGUGGCUGAGAGCCGAGCCAGGCAGCUGGAGGAGGAGCUCCGAACCAUGGACCAGGCCCUCAAGUCCCUGAUGGCCUCAGAGGAGGAGUAUUCCACCAAAGAAGAUAAAUAUGAAGAGGAGAUCAAACUGCUGGAGGAGAAGCUAAAAGAGGCUGAGACCCGAGCAGAGUUUGCCGAGAGGUCUGUGGCAAAGUUGGAGAAGACCAUUGAUGACCUGGAAGACGAAGUCUAUGCACAGAAGAUGAAGUACAAGGCCAUCAGUGAGGAGCUGGACAACGCACUCAACGACAUCACCUCCCUCUGAGCCCCACGCCAGUGUGGCCCCCUCAGCCCCUUUUCUCCUCUCCUUUCCACUCUCUUUGUGGGGAGGGGGCAGUCAGGAGGAACAAAGUUGUCAGCAUCGCACAGCCAGGCUGGGUGCAGCCUCGGAGAAGCCCCACCACACCUGCCGCCCACCCUGGCACUUGCUUCAUCCUUCUAUCCAACCACUCACUCCACCCUCCAGCCUCUACCUCUUUCUGCUGCUUAAUAAACUCAACUUGGUCUCCA